AUGAACUGCUCAACUUUCGAUGGCCGAUUGUUGGAGCAGCCGCCGAGGAGUUUCAUCUCGCAACCAAAGCAGCUCACUGCCAACAGCAUCUCGGUCGAGGUACCCCGACGCGGGUCAAACCGACAGGACCUGGCUAAAAUAUCUGAUUUCAAGACGGCAAUCAACGCGCCGCCCGGUACCGUCGAAAUGCCCCAUACUGGUCAAGCAGGAGUCAACCAGCUGGGAGGAGUCUUCGUCAACGGUCGACCUCUGCCGGACAUCGUGCGGCGGCGAAUUGUCGAGCUGGCACUGAUGGGCGUUCGACCGUGCGACAUUUCCCGGCAGCUUCUCGUGUCUCACGGUUGUGUGUCGAAAAUUCUGACCCGCUUCUACGAAACAGGAUCGAUACGGCCCGGCUCGAUCGGUGGCAGCAAAACCAAGCAAGUGGCCACUCCGACGGUGGUGAAGAAAAUUCUGCGCUUCAAGCAGGAAAACCCGGGCAUGUUCGCGUGGGAGAUCCGCGAUCAGUUGCUUUCCCAGCGGAUAUGCGACCCGAACACGAUACCCUCGGUUAGCUCCGUCAAUCGGAUCCUGCGAAAUGGCGGCAUGUGGACGGACGACAUGACUUCGAAUGAGCAAAUGCUUCGCGAAUCGUCCCAUUCGUCCUCGGCCUACAUGCAAUCAAAAGCGAUGGCAGCUCAUCCACUCUACAGCCAGACGUUAGAGCAACACCAGGCCCUACUAAACCAGUACCGCUACAGCAUGGCCACCGGUGUCUCUCCCGACCACACCUCCAAGCACCCUGCCUCCAUACCCCACAUGCCCCAUGCAUCCUACGGCUCACCCCCAGGAGCCCCUGGUCCGUUGGUCCAACGUACGGCAGCCGUCAACAUCAUCCAACACGAGAGUCUCCCGCCAACCGCCGGAUCCACCAAACCUUCGGACCAUCCUCAUCAUCACCUCCCACAUCAUCCCUCGCACCUACCCACUCAACCACACACUGGAGUGCCCCAUCAUCACGUCACCAAACCAACACCCUCUGUCAGCCUGCCCGACCUCAGUUCUCCAAAGGGCGCCGACGCUAAAAGUGAGCCUUCGUCCUCCACCCGCUCCACCCCCACCAGCGCCACUCCCGCCUCGAUGCCGUACCUCCCAAAGCACUGGAUCUGGAACACGUCCUUGUUUUACGCGGCCAAUCGCGGUGCCACAGCCCCCAGCAACGGUGAUCCUUCAACGACACCGGCGACGGCAGCUGCGGCGGCGGCAGCAGCAGCGGCAGCGGCAGCAGCAGCUGCGGCCUUUCCCCACGGUUACUUCACGUAUGGAAACCCCUUCGCUGGGGGUGGCAACCCUUUCGCGGGUCAGCUUGAACCAGGCCGGCGUAGUGACACAACCGCAUCGAAUGCGUCCUCUUCACCGGUUCAGAUCACAGAUGUCAACAGUGAUGACUCGUCGGACAACCACGAUGAGUUGCGGACUGCCAUCUCGAAGAAACGCAACCCGUACUCGAUCGAGGAGCUGUUGAAGAAACCAGAGAGCAAGAAGCAGAAGAUCGACGGUGUAACGAUCGCGUGCGUGGCGUCGCAGGAUACGCCCAGCAAGGAUGCACUGUUGGAUGGGAAGUACAGCUAUCCCUGCUCACCGUCUGUAUCACCGGCGUCGAAGUCGAGUCCUUCACCAGCGCCACCGGCAAGCAGGAAGCCCUCAGCCGAAUACCGGUCGUCUUCGUCGCCUCCCUCGGAACCUGAAGAAGACUCUGAGGCCUGUAGCAUCGUGUCGGCGGUCGUACGCUCGAAGCUGACCGACACCAACAGUGAAAACAGCAUCAAUAUCGAGAUUUGUGAUUAA